AUGUUGCCGUUGUCAACGUGGUUGGAGGGAGGGAAUCGAGGUGGCGGGGAAGAGGAUGGUUGGUGGUGGGAGGAAAGGAAAUGUUGGCGUUGGCGGCAUUGGAGGGGAGUGGUGAAGGGUGGUGGUGGUGGUGGUGGAAGGGAAUGGGAUGGUCACGGAAGUGUGACCAUGCUGCAAAUAGAAGACGUGAUGAUAUGGUACGCCCUUAAUCCACUGGACUGGGACUGGACUCAGGAAAGUGGCUGGCAGUCCAGCAGGAGUCCACUGGACUGGACUGGACUGGACUGGACUCCAGUGGACUGGGCAUUCUGCCAGCCAAUCUGGCCUGGUAAAAGGGCCACUGGAAUCCACUGGAAUCCACUGGAGUCCACUGGAGUCCAUAUGGAUUAUGUGGAGGAGGUGUGGAUUCAAGUGCAGAAACAUCAGGUAUUGAAGAAGCAAAAUGAAAUACAGAGUGGCAAGAUCGUCGAUGCAGAACUUGAGGACUCAGUUGAUCCAUCCUUGAAGAAGAUCAAAGGAAAUAUCGCUGAGCUAACAUGCAGUACUUUACCCUCCCCCACAUGCUCUGAUCAGUUCUGA